AUGCAAUCCGCUUCCAAAGACUCCUUUUGGAAGUUUAUCGAGCGCUUCGAAGGCGGUAAUGCAGGUUUGUAUCGGCGUCAGGCCCGCGAAGCUGGAUACGACCUCGCGCAGAGUGCUAAAGGCGACCAAGUCCGCAAGUGCCUCGCUCGCAUGCAGCGUGGGCUUCUUUGCUACGAGACUUGUAGCACGCCUGAGUUGGAGAAGUUCCUCGAGGCGCGAAACAUCCACCAGCAUCCAGAAAAGCUCUCUCGUGGCGGCAUGAUCAAGCGUCUAAUGUCCGCAGACGAUGACCGCGACUUUCCUCGCUUUAUGGAUCUGCCGCCGGAGCUUCGCAACAGUGUCUACGAGUUCGUUAUGGACGAGUACGCCAAAACUCUCAUCACUCCGGCCCAGCCACCCUUCGCGCUCGUUUCUCGCCAGGUCCGCGAUGAGGCGCUGUCUACCUUCUACGCUUGCUGCAGCUUCCAGAUUGACCUGUAG